AUGGAUCUCUCCUCCCACCACCACCACACCACCACCACCACCCAACCCGUCACUAACCAACCUAUUCUCCUCCCUCUCCAACAGCCAACCUACACCGCCGCCGAAGAGCGCGCCGUCCUCCGACACCAAGACCUAACCAUCCUCCCCCUCUCCGCCUUCAUCUACUUCCUGUGCUACCUAGACCGGUCCAACAUCGGCAACGCGCGCAUCCUCAACUCGUCCACGCACAACGACAUGCAGACCGAGAUCGGCGCGACGCAGCACCAGUUCAACAUCGCGCUGAUGGUCUUCCUCGUCGCCUACGCCCUGUUCGAGGUGCCGUCCAACAUCCUGCUGAAGAAGCUGCGCCCGUCGCGCUGGCUGGCCUUCCUGAUGUUCUCGUGGGGGGCGAUUACCAUGGGGUUGGGCGGGGUGCGUUCGUUUGCGGCGACGGCGGGGGUGCGGUUUUUGUUGGGCGCGGCGGAGGCGGGGUUGUUUCCGGGGCUGGUGUAUUAUUUGACGUUUUGGUAUCGGACGGAGGAGAGGAGCGUAAGGGUGGCGUUUAUUUUGGCGAGCGCGACGCUGGCUGGGGCGUUUGGCGGCGCGAUUGCGUAUGGCAUUGGGCAUAUGAAUGGCGCGCAGGGGCUGUCGGCGUGGCGGUGGCUGUUUAUCAUUGAGGGGGCGCCGUCGUGCGCGUCGGCGGUGUUGGUGUGGUUUUUGUUGCCGGAUUAUCCGGAGGAGUUCUUGAAGGGCCGGCAGAGGGAGGUGGCGCUGGCCAGGCUGGCGGUGGAGGGGAGCAAGAGCAGCCAUCGGAGCAUGACGUGGGCGGAUGCGGAGGGGACGUUGAUGGACUGGCGCCUGUACGGGCAUUACCUGAUCUACUUUGGCGUGUCGGUGCCCUUCAGCUCGCUGUCGCUGUUCACACCGUCCAUCACGGCCGGAUUGGGGUAUGCGGACUUGCAGGCGCAGUUGAUGACGGUGCCUCCUUAUGCGGCGGCUUAUGUUACACAAAUCAUAGGCUCCUACUCGGCGGACCGCUUCAACGCGCGCGGCCUGCACUGCGCCGGCUUCGCCUUGAUCGGCGCCAUCGGCUUCAUGGCAUCUGCUCUGCUCCCGCCGGAUGCCUACCUUCAACGCUACGGCUGUCUGAUUAUGGCCUCCGCCGGAUCCUUUGCCACGGCUUCCGUGGGCCUGGCCAUCGCCAUCAAUGUCAGCUUUGGCGCCGGCAUUGGCCAGAUUCCGGGUGUCUGGAUCUACAAGGCCGAGGAAAGAGAGCGGGGUUUCCUGACGGGGCAUUGGGUGAAUUGCGCCAUGCUGCUGGUGGUCGUCGCGGGCGCAGUCGGGUUGAGAGUGUUUUAUGGGUACAAGAACCGGAAGAUGUUGCAGGAGAGUGGCGGCAGGGCGGUGCGUUUGUACAGGCUGUGA